AUGUCCGAGCUUUGGGAGAAGACAAAAGACUACACCUACAAGACAUCUUAUGUCCUCUAUGUCGGUGCAAUCAUCUACACCCGCACAAAGGCGACUCCAGGCGGACCCUUCCCACCAGAGAGUACUUCAGCCGCCGUUGUGAAAAUGCUCAUGCCACUCCCAAUGUUAACCGCCGGGGACUUCGAAUGGGGUCGGGUUUUAGGGGAAGGGAGCUACGGGGAAGUGGUCCUUGCCAGGCUCAAGGAUCCCUCUCCCUUUCCAGAAUGGCCUGCUGAGCUCGCCGUCAAGCGUCUGUCAAAGCGCUUUAUUCUGAAAGAGCAAGCAAUAAUGCAUCGCACUGGAAGAGAUGUACAAAAGCAAUGUUUUACUGAGAAAAAUCUUUUAUCAAAACUCAACUCUCCUUUUGUCGUUCGCCUUUUUACUACAUUCACUACCACAGAAGAACUGUUUUACGCGAUUAGAGACAUCAAACCUGAAAAUAUUCUACUCGGGAAAAACGAGUACGGAGUUCACUUAAAAAUCUGCGACUUUGCCACUGCGAAAGAUGUCUCCCAACUCAAAGAUGGCGAGCAUGCGAGUACAUUCGUCGGCUCAGCGGAAUACGUGUCCCCUGAAUUGCUGGGCUACGACGAGAAAAUCGGAAAAUAUGCGGUCUAUGAGUCCGAUUUGUGGGCAGCAGCUAGUGUGGUUUAUUUUAUGCUCGCUGGUUUGCCACCGUUUCGCGCUGAAAGCGAGUAUUUAAUGUACAGAAAAAUUGAAACCAACGACUACACGUUUCCCGAGGGUUUUCACGAGGACGGAAAAGCCCUCGUAAAAGAGCUGCUGCAGUUGAAUCCAAAAGCGCGACUUGGAGCUGGACGCAAUCAUGAUGCUAUCAAAAAUCAUAUUUUCUUCAAAGAAACAAAUUGGGUGGAUCUCCACAAGCAGGAGCCUCCAACGAUUCGCCAGUACUCUGACUCGAUCGAAGAGAUAUUUCACGAAGAUCCGAUGACUGCGGCGUUCGAGGAAUUCACCGUAAAAACUAAUCAAACUUCAGAAAACGGUGAUUCAGGAGAACCAAUGUCCGAAGUAGAUGACCCUGCCGGGCUGGGAAUUCCAACAAUUUUAUCCAAACAAGAAUUCGAAAAACGACUUGUCUCGCAGAGAAUCGACCGAAGCAACAAAUCGAACAGAUGGGCAACAUUUGUCGACGAUGAUGAACUUAUUAUCAAGCUUGGUUACAUGCACAAAAAACGAGGGCUUUUCUCGAGAAAAAGAAUGUUUCUUCUGACAGGAGGAAAACGAGAAAAACAACCGAGGAUGAUUUACGUGGAUGCAAAUUCAUGGGAAAAGAAAGGCGAAAUAAAUCUACACGCAAAAAUCAGAGUUCACCAGAAAUCCUUUUCCCGCUUUUACGUCGUCGACCCUUGCAAGGGUCGGGACGGAAGGAUUUACGACCUAACAGACAACAAUUCAAAUUCUGACGUGCCCGACGCAGGCGCCGCGCAAUGGAUCCGCAAGAUUCAGCUUGUCAAACAAUUCUACUUCUCCAAGCCAAACUAG